AAAGGACCUGAUAUCGAUGGCAGUUUCGAUGGUCCAGACAUGGAUAUUAAUGCACCAGGCAUCAAUCUCAAAGCCCCUAAAGCUGAUUUAGACAUGCCAGAUGUUGAUAUUUCUGGGCCAUCUGGAAAAUUCAAGAAGCCAAACUUGAAUCUGCCUGAUUUGAGGCUUUCUCGUCCAAAGUUAGAUGCCCCUGACUUGGAUCUCAAAACACCUGACCUAGAUAUCUCUGGUCCCAAUCUAAGUGGUGGUAUAAAUGCACCAGACUUAAACAUGCCAAAGCUUGAUCUCAAAAGUCCCAAACUGGACCUCAAUACCCCAAAGCUCAACUUAGACAUGCCAUCAGGUAAACUGAAAGCCCCAGAACUUCAUGCUCCAGACUGGGAUGUUAAAGCUCCAUCAGGCAAAUUGAAAAUGCCCAAAUUCAAUCUUUCAGGUACAUUACCAAAAGGACCAAAUUUGGACGUGAACGCAGAUCUUAAGGCACCGGAAUUGAGCCUGAAAGCUCCAAAUAUAAAGGGUGGCAUUGAUGCCCCUGACUUGGACUUACCAAACAUGGAUCUUAAAGCUCCAAAGUUAGAUGUGGACACUCCAGAUGUCAACAUUGGUUCACCCAAAGCAAACUUCCACAUGCCCAAAUUUAAGAUGCCUAAAUUUGGUCGCCCAAGCCUGAAAGGACCUGAUAUCGAUGGCAGUUUCGAUGGUCCAGACAUGGAUAUUAAUGCACCAAACAUCAAUCUCAAAGCCCCUAAAGCUGAUUUAGACAUGCCAGAUUUGAAUAUUUCUGGGCCAUCUGGAAAAUUCAAGAAGCCAAACUUGAACCUUCCUGACUUGAGGCUUUCUGGUCCAAAGUUAGAUGCCCCUGACCUGGACCUCAAAACACCUGACCUAGAUAUCUCUGGUCCCAAUCUCAGUGGUGGUAUAAAUGCACCAGACUUAAACAUGCCAAAGCUUGAUCUCAAAAGUCCCAACCUAGACCUCAAUACCCCAAAGCUCAACUUAGGCAUGCCAUCAGGUAAACUGAAAGCCCCAGAACUUCAUGCUCCAGACUGGGAUGUUAAAGCUCCAUCAGGCAAAUUGAAAAUGCCUAAAUUCAAUCUUUCAGGUACAUUACCAAAAGGACCAAAUUUGGACAUGAACGCAGAUCUUAAGACACCAGAUUUGAGCCUGAAAGCUCCAAAGAUAAAGGGUGGCAUUGAUGCCCCUGACUUGGACUUACCAAACAUGGAUCUUAAAGCUCCAAAGUUAGAUGUGAACACUCCAGAUGUCAACAUUGGUUCACCCAAAGCAAACUUCCACAUGCCCAAAUUUAAGAUGCCUAAAUUUGGUCUUCCAAACCUGAAAGGACCUGAUAUCGAUGGCAGUUUUGAUGGUCCAGACAUGGAUAUUAAUGCACCAAAUGUCAAUCUCAAAGCCCCUAAAACUGAUUUAGACAUGCCAGAUUUGGAUAUUUCUGGGCCAUCUGGAAAAUUCAAGAAGCCAAACUUGAACCUGCCUAAUUUUGGCCUUUCUGGCCCAAAGUUAGAUGCCCCUAACCUGGACCUCAAGACACCUGACCUAGAUAUAUCUGGUCCCAAUCUCACUGGUGGUAUAAAUGCACCAGACUUUAACAUGCCAAAGCUUGAUCUCAAAAGUCCCAGCCUGGACCUCAGUACACCAAAGCUCAACUUAGAUAUGCCAUCAGGUAAACUGAAAGCCCCAGAACUUCAUGCUCCAGACUGGGAUGUUAAAGCUCCAUCAGGCAAAUUGAAAAUGCCCAAAUUCAAUCUGUCAGGUACAUUACCUAAAGGACCAAAUUUGGACUUGAACGCAGAUCUCAAGUCACCAGAUUUGAGUCUGAAAGCUCCAAAUAUAAAAGGUGGCAUUGAUGCCCCUGACUUGGACUUACCAAACAUGGACCUCAAAGCUCCAAAGUUAGAUGUGAACACACCAGAUAUCAACAUUGGUUCACCCAAGACAAAAUUCAAAAUGCCCAAAUUUAAGAUGCCUAAAUUUAAUUUUCCAAGCCUAAAAGGACCUAAGAUUGGUGGAAACUUAGAUGGUCCAGAUGUUGAUUUAAAUGUACCGAAUGUCAAUCUCAAAGCCCCUAAAGCUGAUUUAGACAUGCCAGAUGUUGAUAUUUCUGGGCCAUCCGGAAAAUUCAAGAAGCCAAACUUGAACCUGCCUGACUUGAGGCUUUCUGGUCCAAAGUUAGAUGCCCCUAACCUGGACCUCAAAAGACCUGACAUAGAUAUAUCUGGUCCCAAUCUAAGUGGUGGUAUAAAUGCACCAGAUUUAAACAUGCCAAAGCUUGAUCUCAAAAGUCCCAACCUGGACCUCAGUACCCCAAAGCUCAACUUAGACAUGCCAUCAGGUAAACUGAAAGCCCCAGAACUUCAUGCUCCAGACUGGGAUGUUAAAGCUCCAUCAGGCAAAUUGAAAAUGCCCAAAUUCAAUCUUUCAGGUACAUUACCUAAAGGACCAAAUAUGGACUUGAACGCAGAUCUUAAGACACCGGAUUUGAAUCUGAAAGCUCCAAAGAUAAAAGGUGGUAUUGAUGCCCCUGACUUGGACUUACCAAACAUGGACCUUAAAGCUCCAAAGUUAGAUGUGGACACUCCAGAUGUCAACAUUGGUUCACCCAAAGCAAACUUCCACAUGCCCAAAUUAAAGAUGCCUAAAUUUGGUCUUCCAAGCCUGAAAGGACCUGAUAUCAAUGGCAGUUUCGAUGGUCCAGAUAUGGAUAUUAAUGCACCAAACAUCAAUCUCAAAGCCCCUAAAGCUGAUUUAGACAUGCCAGAUGUUGAUAUUUCUGGGCCAUCUGGAAAAUUGAAGAUGCCAAACUUGAACCUGCCUGACUUUGGGCUUUCAGGUCCGAAGUUAGAUGCCCCUGACCUGGACCUCAAAAGACCUGACCUAGAUAUCUCUGGUCCCAAUUUCAGUGGUGGUAUAAAUGCACCAGACUUAAACAUGCCAAAGCUUGAUCUCAAAAGUCCCAAACUGGACCUCAAUACCCCAAAGCUCAACUUAGACAUGCCAUCAGGUAAACUGAAAGCCCCAGAACUUCAUGCUCCAGACUGGGAUGUUAAAGCUCCAUCAGGCAAAUUGAAAAUGCCCAAAUUUAAUCUCUCAGGUACAUUACCAAAAGGACCCAAUUUGGACUUGAACGCAGAUCUUAAGACACCGGAUUUGAGCCUGAAAGCUCCAAAUAUAAAAGGUGGCAUUGAUGCACCUGACUUGGACUUACCAAACAUGGACCUCAAAGCUCCAAAGUUAGACGUGGACACUCCAGAUGUCAACAUUGGUUCACCCAAAGCAAAAUUCAAGAUGCCCAAGUUAAAGAUGCCUAAAUUUAGUCUUCCAAGCCUGAAAGGACCUGAUAUCAAUGGCAGUUUUGAUGGUCCAGAUAUGGAUAUUAAUGCACCAAACGUCAAUCUCAAAGCCCCUAAAGCUGAUUUAGACAUGCCAGAUUUGAAUAUUUCUGGGCCAUCUGGAAAAUUCAAGAAGCCAAACUUGAACCUGCCUAAUCUUGGCCUUUCUGGCCCGAAGUUAGAUGCCCCUGACCUGGACCUCAAAACACCUGACCUAGAUUUUGCUGGUCCCAGUGUCAGUGGUGGUAUAAAUGCACCAGACUUAAACAUGCCAAAGCUUGAUGUCAAAAGUCCAAAACUGGACCUCAACACCCCAAAGCUCAACUUAGACAUGCCAUCAGGUAAACUGAAAGCCCCAGAACUUCAUGCUCCAGACUGGGAUGUUAAAGCUCCAUCAGGCAAAUUGAAAAUGCCCAAAUUCAAUCUGUCAGGUACAUUACCUAAAGGACCAAAUUUGGACGUGAACGCAGAUCUUAAGACACCAGAUUUGAAUCUGAAAGCUCCAAAGAUAAAAGGUGGCAUUGAUGCCCCUGACUUGGACUUACCAAACAUGGACCUUAAAGCUCCAAAGUUAGAUGUGAACACUCCAGAUGUCAACAUUGGUUCACCCAAGACGAAAUUAAAGAUGCCCAAAUUAAAGAUGCCUAAAGUUAGUCUUCCAAACCUGAAAGGACCUGAGAUUGAUGAUGAUUUUGAUGGCCCAGACAUUGACAUCAGUGCACCCAAUGUCAACCUCAAAGGGUCCAAACCUGGCUUUGAGAUGCCAAAUGUUGACUUUGGAAGCCCAUCAGCAAAACUUAAAAAGCCAAAUUUGAAAAUGCCUGAUGUGGGAUUUUCGAGUCCGAAGUUAGAAGGCCCAAAGUUUGACUUCAAGUCACCUGACUUUGAUGCCAAAUUACCAGAUUUGAACAUAGAUUCAGACCUGAAAGCUCCAAAGCUAAAAGGGGGAAUCGAUGGCCCUAAAUUGGGCUUGCCAAACAUUGACCUUAAAGCUCCAAAGAUGGAUAUGAACAUUCCCGAUGCCAAUAUUGGUUUUCCCGAUGCAAAAAUCAAAACUCCCCAAAUUAAGAUGCCAAAAGGCCCCAAUGUUGACAUAAAUGGGGGCCUACAGGGACCUGACAUGAAUAUCCCAAAUGUAGACAUAAAUGGUCUGAAAGGAACAUUAAAAGGGCCAGAUUUAAAUGCACCAGACUUCAGUCUCUCUAGACCUAAAAUAAAAGCACCAGACAUUAAUCUGUCAGGGCCUCACCUGAAAGGCCCUGGUUUAAGUAUGCCAGAUGUUAACGUGAAACCACCACAGUUGAAGGCAAAUAUCACAGGUCCAAACGUUAAUGCUCCAAACAUGGACCUCAGCAUGCCAAAAAUGGGAAUGCGUAGUCCACAACUGCAUCCCAGAAAUCCAGAUCUCAACGUUGAUGAUCCUUCUCUAAAUUUCAGAGGGCCUUCUUAUAAGAAUGGCAGAUCAGAUACCACAGGGGUCAACAUGAAAAUGCCUGCCCUGGAUAUAGAUAGAGAUGUCAUGCUUCCUCAUGCUGAUAGAAAGCAACCAAGACCCAAAAUAACAUCCAACUACCCUGUGGUGGUUGCUCAUGUGCCCCAGGAUAUUGAUUACAACCGUUCUGAUCUCAACAUCGAUGAUUUCACAGGAAUUGAUCAUGUGGCUAGAGCCAGAGGUUCAAGAGUGGACCCCCAGAUGUCACCUAACUACAGGCCGAUAAGCUACCCAUCGGGUGUUAAUGUUAACAUGAAGGACCCCAGACACAGCAGGAGAAUUCCUUCUGGAGAUGCUGACAUAUAUGCGAUGCCUCAGAAAAGAAGGCAGCCUGUCCCUAAUGUACAUUUGUCACAUCUUUCUCAAGAUCAAACAAUAAAAGUACCUGAUAAUUCAGAUGAGUACUAUGUCACAGUUUUCCCAGACCAAGCACAAAAUCAAAGAAUGCCAAACCGUAAAUACAACACAGGGGGGCCUGGCUUUUAUCCCAGAAACAUGGACCUUGAAGUUCCAGAUCUAAAUGACCAGAAGGGGUCAACGUUCUUUUUCUCCGACCUCGUGUAGGUUUCAAACCACUGAUAUUUACAUAAGCUGUUCUAAAUGUUUGUUCUAUUGUACUUCUUAUACUGGGUGUAUUUAUUGUGACUUAAGCUGUUGUGUUUUAUUUUGUCAUUUAUUGUGAUUUUGCAAAAUAUGUCUCUUUCUGCCUCAUUAAGGUUGUAUAUAAAGUUCAUCUUGUUCAGUUGUAAUUAGGUAACCCUACAUUACAAUGCAGCAUUGUUGCACUUGUUUGAUAUGUAUGUUCAGGCUUUGCCACAUUUUUGUUGUUUAAAGUAUUUGCACUGCACAAUAUUUGUCUGAAAAGGAGGUAUUAUUUCUGUGCAGAAUAAAGUUAAGGGACCAAAAACCUCCAAAAUCCCCACAUUUUCCCUCUUUGUGGGUUUUAGGGAAUCAUUGUGAGAUCAACAGAUGUUAAUUGUUUUAUCAUAUAUGUGGCUUAUUGUGGUCUUUUGUGUUAUAUAUUGUCAACUGGAUGUUAAAAUAUCCAAGGUUUUGCAAAUGUUUAUAUCAUACUGUGUGUAUAUACUUUUGAAAACACCCACUUUAUUUUAUAUUCAUUAGGGAUGUAAAUAGUAAAGUUUAUAUAUAUUUUUACAUCCAUUUUUUCUGUUAUUUUAGAGCAAUAACAUAACAAAAAGUAAUUAAAUUGUUUGCGCUUUAGACCAUGUUUAAGAGGACCAUGAAGAUGUCUAAAUUGUUUACAAAAGACACACCAUGUAUGAUUUUGUUGUUAUAUUGUACGAAAAUAAACAUUCAAACAUGUAUAUGUAACAGUAUUUGUCUCCCUAUUCA